AUGGACGACGUACCGUUAAUAGUGGGACUGACCUCGGGCCUGGGAACGCUGAUUCUCGGGCUCAUUCUCAUCACAGUGUGGCUGACCAUCUCCUCGAGCCGAUCGUCCGGCCGUAUCAGACUGGGAGGCUCUGCUCCGGGAUCCUACGACGAUGAACAACAGUUUCUACGGGACGAGGUCGAGGCCAUCGAGGCCAUGGACGAACAGCAACGCGAGGCCUACUUUGCCGCCAAGGCCUUCAUCCAGACCAACCCCCCAAACAGCGCCCAGAGCGAGAUAUCUCUCGGCCAGUACAUGACCAUCCAGGAGAAGGGCGUGGCAGCCUGGGAGUUCCAGAUGGACCUGUUUGCCAACACGAGCAGCGCAGCCCUCAGCAACGCCGCCCAGAGCGCCCACAUUACCUGCUUUGUGGAAAACCGCACGGAGCUGCAGUUUCUGGGAGGUGUCAUCAACCGACAGACCGACUCCGACAUCACAUACACGUCGCCACGGUCGGUCCAGACCAACCUGCCGCUCCCCAAACAAAAUGAAACCUACUACUGGGAGGUCAAGAUGUAUGACAAGCCCGUCGACACCACCGUGGCCGUGGGACUGUGCACCAAACCAUACCCUCUGUCUCAGCUCCCGGGACAGCACCGGUACUCUGUGGGCUUCGAGUCCACCGGCCACAAGCGCAACAACCAACCCUUCAACGACGUGCCCAAGUACGGACUACCCUUCAACCAAGGCGAUGUUGUUGGCGUGGGUUACCGACCCCGAAGUGGCACCAUCUUCUUCACCCGCAAUGGAAAAAGACUCGAAGAGGUGGUCCACGGCAUGCGGCUCAACCUCUUCCCCACCGUGGGCGCUACCGGACCUUGUCAACUGCAUGUUAAUUUCGGACAGUCUGGAUUUGUGUUCAUCGAGGCCAAUGUCAAAAAGUGGGGUUUGGCCCCCGUCCAGGGCAACCUGGCCCCUCCGCCUCCCUACGGCCGACACCAGCAAAACUCGCUGCUUCUGGAGUCGGAAGAACCCGAGGCCGAGGUUGACGAACCCGAAUCCCCUCCUCCUUCUUUCGAGAGGACUCUGACCAGCACCUCCACCGCUUCUCUGGGAGACCUCCAAUGCGAGUACCCCGAAGAAAGCAUCAAUCUGGCCAAACUGACCCCCCAACAGGGGUCCGUGGAGAACUUGCCCCGAGCUUCCGAGACUGCGACCAACAACCAGCCUACUAGCUCUGUUACAGUGGAAGAUGUCACUGAUGAGACCACCCCUGGAGAUGCAGUUAGCGUCUCUUCCUCUACGUCCGACGGCCAAACAGUCCUGGACAUGUUGGAGGAAGCUCAGUCUGUCAUCAUCGAUCCUCCCCAGCGGUCUCUUAACACGUCACCACCUCCUAGUUAUAAGAGCGACAGUGACUCAAGUUGA